AUGGCCAAGACGAACAACCCUUACACUGAUGCACCCCAGACGGGAAUAACCCGAAGAUAUGACUUCAACGUUAGUCGAGGUGUUAUUGCACCGGAUGGAUAUGAAAAGCGGGUGCUUCUCGUUAACGACCAGUUCCCCGGGCCGCUGAUAGAAGCCAACUGGGGUGAUUGGAUCGAAGUGAAAGUCACCAACUCGAUUAGUGACGAUCCACCGGAAGGUACCGCGAUCCACUGGCACGGUUUUUUGCAGACUGGGAACCCAUGGAUGGACGGUGUGCCCGGAGUAUCCCAAUGUCCAAUUCCCCCGGGGAGCAGCUUUACGUAUAGGUUUCGAGCGGAGCUGUAUGGAUCGUCGUGGUAUCACUCUCACUACUCGGCCCAGUAUGCUGGUGGUCUUCAAGGCCCCAUCGUCGUACAUGGCCCGAGAAACGUGGACUACGACGUCGAUCUUGGCCCGAUAAUGGUCGGUGACUGGUGGCAUACUGACUAUUACGCCGUUGUGAAGCAAGUCAUGACCCCUGGAAGUAACGACCAGACCCUCUCGGACAACAACCUAAUCAAUGGGAAGAUGAACUUUGACUGCUCAACUGUCAAAGCAGGUGAUGAAACUCCGUGCACGAACGAUGCCGGCCUGUCUAAGUUCAACUUUCAGGCGGGCAAGACUCAUCGUCUCCGCUUCAUCAACUCAGGCGCGGAAGGCACACAACGUAUCUCCAUUGACCAGCACAACAUGACGAUCAUCGCAAACGACUUCGUCACCAUCGAACCCUAUGACACUCAAGUCCUCACCCUUGGUGUAGGCCAACGAGUCGACGUCCUCGUCCACGCCCAUGCCGAAUCAGGAUCUGCUUUUUGGCUGCGUGCUAAUAUGACGUCUUGCUCUAACACCAACCAGCCGUUAGCCCUUGCUGCGAUUUAUUACGAUGGUGCCGACGAAAAUUCCAUGCCGGCGAGUACGCCGUGGGAUGUGCCGGAUCCAGGUAAUUGUGCAAAUGACGACCUAUCUCUCACUAAGCCGUACUAUUCCAUGGCGCUUCCCGAACCAUCAUUUACUCAACAUAUGGACAUUAGCACCACGACCAAUGCCAGCGGUAAUUUUCUCUGGGAGUUCGGUGGCGUCGCCGCACACGUCGAUUACAACGACCCCCCUCUCCUGCGAGCCGGCAAAGCCCACGCCCAAUUCGAUCCGAAGUAUAAUGUGGUCAACUACGGCACCAACUCGUCCAUCCGGAUCAUAGUCAACAACCCCGGGCCUUCACCCCACCCCAUGCACAUCCACGGCAUGAACAUGUUCGUCCUCGCCGCCGGGACCGGCAACUACUCGGCCGAGACGACCGUCCUCAACACGCACAACCCCAUGCGGCGCGACGUCCAGAUGGUCGUCGCCAACGGCUUCAUCGUCGUGCAGCUCGACGCGUCGCGCAACCCGGGCGCCUGGCCCUUCCACUGCCACGUUACUUGGCACGCCUCCGCCGGCUUCUUCUCGCAGAUGUUGUUCCGGCCCGACCUCUUGCAGAAGCCGGCGUUCAAUAUCCCGCACGACGUCCGCGAGACGUGCAAGGACUGGGCUAGGUUCACGAAGAACGUCGCGCUAGAUCAGAUCGAUAGUGGUUUGUGA